AUGGGAAGAGGAGCGGGAGGACCAAGAACUGCUGGAGCUUCGAGAGGGUCUUUAUCUAGAGGAGGCCAUAGUGGACUGACACAGGCUAGGAGAGCGCCUUCCAGUGGAUCAGCGGUGACCCCUCAAGUUACGUGUGGGUACUGCGGAAAACCCAACCAUUCUGAAAAUGAUUGUUGGAGGAAGUCUGGGAAGUGCUUGGCCUGCGGCAGUACCGAGCAUCAGCUCGCAAACUGUCCAAACAAAAUGAAGAUGGGAGGUGAUACCCAAAGACCGGAAAAGUCAGCCUCUAAGCAAACCAGUGCGGGAGGGAGCCGACCGAAAGUUCCAGCCAGGGUUUAUACACUGGAUUAUCAACAAGUUCCUGAGACAACUGAGGUGGUAGAAGCUGUGUUCCUCCUCAAAGAAAGUGUUUAA